AAGAAAGGGCCGCUUCAGGCAGUCUGUAUUGGGACCGUCAAUACACUUGUCGCUGUUGCAAAUGACACACACCCACCAGUUUUCUUGAACUCGCUUGUACUUGAACAAGGCGGUAUUGGGGCAGCCCUUACUCUAGGAGGACACGAACAUGGCGGCCUCCUUGAGACUGGGGCAUCGGGGGAUCCUGAACGGGAUAAAAUUAAUUCGACCAUGUAAAGGAAUACCGCAGAAUCACCAUGGACAUUACAGACUUUUUUUUCAGUCACAGUCUCUGUUUGGAGCAGCUCCGAUGAAGGUGAUGAUGCCAGCCCUCUCCCCCACCAUGGAAGAGGGCAGAGUCCUCAAGUGGUUGAAGAAGGAGGGAGAGUCUGUGAGUGCCGGGGACGCACUGUGUGAGAUCGAGACAGACAAAGCUGUGAUAUCUAUGGACUCCAAUGAGGAUGGGAUUCUGGCCAAAAUCCUGAUCGAGGAGGGUAGCCGGAGUGUGCGUUUGGGUACUCUGAUCGCCCUCAUGGUGGAUGAAGGACAGGAUUGGAAGCAGGUGGAGAUUCCGGCACCAGAGAGCGCCCCAGCACCUCUGCUGUCAACCCCCCCUUCCUCUGCAGCACCCACAGGAGGUGUCUCGCAUAAAGUGGAGCCACGUGUGGGGACUGGACAACUAAGGCUUAGCCCAGCUGCUCGGCACAUCCUAGACACUCACGGACUGGAUCCAGGACAGGCCAAACCAUCUGGGCCCAGAGGCCUCAUCACCAAGGAGGAUGCCCUCAAUCUGCUGAAGCAGACUGGGUCCAGAGGGCCAGCAGCACCCAAAGCAGCAUCAGUCCCUUCUCCAGCUCCCCAGCCCCCACAGCCCUUACAGCCAGCACAUCCAGCAUCCACCUCCCAGGCUUACCCUCGGCCUUCCAUUCCUCCCAUCUCAGUCCCAGGAAAACCAGCUGCACCAGGCACGUUCACAGAGUUUCCCUCAAGUAACGUGCGACGUGUGAUUGCCAAGAGACUGACAGAGUCCAAGACCACCAUCCCCCACUCCUACGCCGCUAUCGACUGUGACCUUGGGGCUGUGCAGCAGCUGCGAAUGGAUCUUGCUAAAGAUGCUAUCAAGGUGUCUGUCAAUGAUUUCAUUAUCAAGGCAGCUGCUAUUACAUUAAAGGAAAUGCCGGAGGUGAAUGUGACUUGGAGCGAGGAGGGGCCACAGUCAUUGGGCUCAAUCCACAUCUCCAUCGCCGUGGCAACCGAGAAGGGUCUGCUCACACCCAUCAUACGGGACGCCGCCACCAAAGGGGUGCAAGAGAUUGCAGCUAAUGCCAGGGCAUUGGCCCAGAAAGCUCGGGACGGAAAGCUGCUACCAGAGGAAUACCAAGGUGGCUCAUUCAGCAUCUCUAACCUGGGGAUGUUUGGGAUCAGCGGCUUCAGCGCAGUGAUUAACCCCCCACAGGCUUGCAUCCUGGCAGUGGGGCGCUCACGGCCCGAGCUCUCUCCCUGCCUGGACCCUGACGGCAGUCCUGCACUGCGGCAGCAGCAGCUCAUGACGGUGUCACUGUCCAGCGACGGGCGCCUGAUAGAUGACCAGUUGGCUGCGCAGUUCCUGGACAAGUUCAGAGCCAACCUGGAGAGGCCCCAGCGCAUGGCACUCAUCUGAAUAUUCCCAGGAUGGCUUAGAAAAGAACAAAGUGAACUGGAGAGGAGGGGAGGAGGACCAUGUGUCAUCCUCAGUUUACUUCAUGUAAUAAAGUUCCAAACCGAUAUAAAGGGAGCUGAUAUACUCGGUUGGCUACUUUGCACUGCUGUUGUGGAAAAACCUGUGAAAUCUGAAAACUCUGAACCUCCUGCAUUCUAGUAUUUUUAGUCUUAACAUCUUGAUGUAAACUGUCCUUUUGGUGUAUGUGUGCAUCUUAAGCAGUUAAUGAUAUUAUGCUGUAGUCCCAGAAUGCUAUCUGUAUUGCUUUAUGAUGGUCAUCAGCAGCACAAAGUCACCAACUGACUUGAUAAUCACCUCUAUCGAUGUUCACAGGACGGGCCAAAAAUCGUGCAAAAUGGAGAUUGUUCGUUUUUAGUGCAGCAAAUCCUCACAAAUUGGUGUCCUUGUUCUUUUAAACACAUCUGAACGCGUCUGCAUUGAGCACUAUGAAUAUUACCUGAAAAGAAAAAAAAGGGACUGACAAUGUUGCAAGACUUUUGGUUCACCCUGUGCCAAUAUAUUGUUUCUCAGUAGCGUUCUGUGAUUAAGGUAUUUGCCCAAACAUUUUAUCUUUUCCAUAUUACUGAAGAAAACUUAAAUGUUACACUGACCAGGGGAGUUGUGAAUGCAGUCUGUUACAAAAGUGUUUUUUUUAAGACCACAGAAUGGACAAUAUCAUCCUUAUUCUUGAUGUAUUUAUUUUGUGUUCUGUCCAUUCCCUUAGUGCACUUUUACGAUUGUUUUCAAUUAAUAAACACUGCUCUAGGUGGCCAGUAUCUUCUGUUAUGAUUCUGCAAGACCAUGCAGUAAAUAUGUUUAGAAAGGAUGAGUGCCUAUAAAAUGGGAGAUCAGGCAUUUUUGCCAAAAUGUGCCGUUUUUUCUUGUAUUUGAACCGUUAAAGCAAUAUUUUAGGAACCCAGCUUAUAUUUGCAAUAUAUGAAGUUAUACUCCACCAAAUUACUAACCUUGAGCCAAAGGAGUAUCUGUACAUUUUAUAACCGUGAAAGCUUUUUCCCAUAAAACAAAUGUUUGAUGCGCUGCUACAAAUUAAAUAUCGCCAUUGAAUUAUUAUUUUCAAAAUAUCAGGUGGCUGAUUUCCCACCUUGCACGUACUUCCUAUACAGUUGUAUUUCCUCAGCUUACCCAUCGGAAUUCUAUAUGAAGAGUAGUGAAUCAGUGAAGGGCCCUUUCACAGUUGAUAGAACAUGUGGACCGUGAGUAAGCACGGUAUAUUGCAGCUCUGUGUACGACACAUGUUUCUAGUUUGUUGUACACCCCAUGUGUUGAAAUGGUUUUAUUUUUGUGAAAGCCUGUGAUCAAAUCAACAUGAUUGGUUAGUUCAUACCCCUUCUCCCCUUGUUUUAGUGGUCCAACACAUGACUGGAGACUUGCCAUUGGUAUCUGAGUUACACAGAAAGCUGCUGUGUAGAAGGGAAAAAGGUCUUGGUUGUAUCACAGCUAUUUAUCAUUCUGGGCUUCACCAGCUGAGAAUGACAUCAUCACGACCACGCAUUUCUUCUGGGAAAUCAUCCAGGAGAAAUAUGUAUCACAAUUUCACAUUUAUUUCCUAUUUAAUUUGCUUUUGUGCGAUGGUACAGCAGCUUCGCUCCAUCACACUGCCUGCUGGCAGUCUCAUUCUUCUGGAUACUGUGUUGUUUUUGUCUGGUCCCCCAAGGGUAUUCUUUAUUUGACUGCAUCACAAAGCUGGUGCUAUCUCCAACAGUUGGGGUACUGCAUAAGGGAUGCGGCUUUCACACCUCCAGUUCCGACUGUUUAACUUCAAGAGGUUCAAAGUGACGCUAAAGGGAAGGAAAGGCAUUCCUUCCCUGCUCUGGGAUAUUAUCCUACAUGGUUCAUGUCUGAAUAUUGUUUUGUAAAUUAUUAAAAUGAAUCUAUUAUAAUUGAGAUAAAUAAAGUUUAACUUCCUGAUAA